CCGGUAACUUAGCUGUACCUUGUCUUUGCAGUGUUUAGGGCAGUGAAAUGGUACUUUUCUAAAGCAGGUAAGAUAGCUGCCCACUCUGGUUAGCUAAUAGCUAGUUAACGCUCACGUUUUUUGGGGAGGUAGGUGUGGGGGGAUUUGCCUUCACUUUUUUCCCCCCAUGAAACUAAUGCGAGUCAGAGAGUUGUUCGACCGUGGGGUCAGAAGUGCACCGAGGUGUCGUUAACUCCGCGGGUUUCUCGGAGUAUGGACGGAGCAGCAGCGGCGGCGGCGGCGGGACCGAGCGCGGCAGCCGCGCAGAGUCACUCCAAGGCGGCACCAGCUGGAGGAGUUAUCCCGGUGUUGUCAGACCCAGCGUCUGGCGCCGGGAAAACCGGAAUAACUGGUGUGCAAACUUUGAAUGGAAGUACAAUGGUGAUAAACUCUCACACAACCAGAGGAAUAGCUGCUGACAGCUCGCACGCUGCUGUCACUCUUGUCAACAACGGACCCGGUUGUGUCAGCAAGGGGAACCUCGCAGUUCUGUCUGCCACACCGAGCAGUACUGUUAUUCGGACUUGUGCAACAAAUGCGCAGACCGCCGUGACUUCGCCUGCGAUCGCUUCUCAGUCGUCUGCGAACGCUGUGCCCACAGUCACGCUGGUCAGGCCACCUAUGCAAACUCAUACCUCGCAGACUGCCACUGUUUUAACCUCAACAGCAGCCGGUAGUGUCUCUCCUGGCAACAAAUGCGACUCUUCAAAAAUGCAGUCUGGUGCACACAUCGCUUCUUCAGCGGCGAUGAGGAGUGCGACUGUUUUACAACAUCUGAGGACUUCAGUACCGUCGUCAGUCAGUGGUGCUUCUGGUGGAAUCCGAGCGAUUGCGCCUCAGGUGCUGGCUCCUCGCCUCAGCCAGCCUCAGCAGAAUGCACCCAACAUUCAGAACAUUCAGCUCCCUCCAGGUGUGGUCUUGGUUCGCAGUGAGAGUGGGCAGCUGCUGAUGAUUCACCAGCAGACCUUGGCUCAGAUGCAGUCCCAAAGUGCCAUGACACCAAGACCAGCAGCCCCAACCAGCACUCCACCCAUUCAUAUCACUUCUCUACAGGCCCCAGGCGCAUCCCAUCUGUCUCGUCAGGUUACCUCCACUGCCAUUAUCACACAGGGUUCCACAGUACAGACCUCCGUGCCAGCCACCACCACACUGCAGAGGCCUCCUGUACUGCAGAACACCAUCAUGUUGGGAGGAACUGCCAAUACCACAGGACAGCCACUGGGAGGACCUGCUGCAGUGCAGCCAGGAUCAGCAGUAACACAGAGGGUUGUGCCCUCUGGAAUCCCCGGGACUGCUGUCACUCCAACAGCUAUCUCAACUGAGACACUGGAGAAUGUGAAAAAGUGUAAAAACUUCUUGUCCACUUUGAUUAAGCUGGCAUCCACUGGAAAACAGUCACCUGAGACAAAGGCCAAUGUUAAAGAAUUGGUCAAGAACUUGCUGGAGGCGAAAAUCGAGACAGAGGAUUUCACCAGUCGGUUAUACCAGGAGCUCAAUUCCUCACCACAGCCAUAUCUCGUGCCUUUCCUUAAGAGAAGCCUUCCAGCCCUGCGCCAGAUGACCCCAGACUCUGAAGCAUUCAUCCAGCAGAGCCUGGUGCCUCAGCCUGCUCCUCAGCCGGCUUCAACAGGCUCCACAGCCUUCACAACCAUGGUGGUGCGACCUCCCGUCUCUCCUGCUACCACGACUGCCAUAAGUGCGGAUGGAACCAAGGCCACUGUUAUCAGCCUCACUCAGACUAAACCUGGACUGAUUGUAUCUCAGCAACAGGGCACGAUGGUGAGGCCCCAGGUGACCCUGGCUCAGUCUCCCAUGGUAACGCUCAGAGGACAAGCUCCGAGCCGCAUCAUUGUUGGCCAGCCACAGGUGGUCAAACAUCUGCAGACGGUUCCAGCGGUGAAACCAAACUUGUUUCCAGGGGCCAAAGGAGUACAUGUAAUCAGUCAGGCCACCACUCUUAGUGCAGCUCAGAAGAACAAGCUGAAAGAAGCAGGAGGGGGAACCUUCAGGGAUGACGAUGACAUCAAUGAUGUGGCAUCCAUGGCAGGAGUCAACUUGUCAGAGGAGAGCGCUUGUAUCAUAGCAACCGGCUCUGAGCUCGUUGGCACAGUGACGCGAUCCUGUAAGGACGAGACUUUCCUCUCCACCGCUUUACUCAGCAGACGAGCUCUGGAAAUAGGUAAGAAGUUUGGUGUCAGCGAAUUGGGCACAGAUGUGAUGGACUACAUUUCUCACGCCACACAACAGCGUCUGCAAAAUCUCCUGGAGAGGUUGUCACAAGUGGCACAGCACAAGAACAUAACCCUAAAGGAGGACGAGCGGUUUGAACAGAUCAGUGACGUGCGGGCCCAGCUCAAGUUCUUUGAGCAGCUGGAUCAGAUGGAGAAACAAAGAAAGGAAGAGCAAGAGAGAGAGAUCCUUUUGAAGGCUGCAAAGUCUCGGUCACGGCAAGAGGACCCUGAGCAACUACGACUUAAACAGAAGGCCAAAGAGAUGCAGCAGCAGGAACUGGCUCAGAUCCGGCAGAGAGAAGCCAACCUAACAGCUCUGGCAGCAAUCGGCCCGAGGAAAAAACGGAAAAUGGACUCUCCUCUUAGAGACUCCAGCACAGAGGGCUCUGGGUCAGGCUCUUCACAGACUGGAGGCUCCAGCGGUGGAGGCUUAAGACAGUUUACGCGACAGCGUAUCACCAGAGUGAACCUCAGGGAUCUACUUUUCUGCCUGGAGACUGAGCGAGGUAGCGGCCACUCGCACCUGCUUUAUAAAGGCUUCCUCAAAUAGCAGCCACAUUUAAGCGACGAGUGCCACUCCCUGUUGUCACGAAGUGGAGCUGACCAGCCGCUCAGAUGCUUUCUGCAGGCACUGAAUGACAGCACAUAUCUGGAAUCCUCACAUCACCUUCUGAAAGUCUCUUCGAACACAGGCUGUGUGAAUUUCUAUCGCUGAGAUGGAACUUUAAAGCCACGCUGUCACCCAGUCGCACUUUUCUCACGCACUGCCACCUCGCUGCCCAGAGAUGGAAUUGCUUUAACUGAACUGAUCACACCAGAGAAACCUGUCGGUGUCACCGUGUUGAUGUGAGUUCUAGCAGCAAAUCUCUGAAGUGGAUUGAAUUUGGUUAUAUUGUACUAAAAGUACAAUUACUGCAGGCUGUUUUUAUUUUAUAAGCUGUAGUAAUGUCUUAUUUACAAAACAUGUUUAUUUAAGUUCCUAACAGAGAUUUUAUUUUCUCACACAUUUACACCAUAUUUUAGCACAGAGUGAAUAUCUGUGGAUUGUUUUAACUAGACUAAUAGUCCUGUUACCUGCUGAGUUGCCUUCUUACCAGUUUAAGCCAUAUAAUGCAGAUUGUGUCCGUUUGAGACACUUUGUCCAUCUCAAAACACUUGCCUGGUUUGUAGGAUGUGUGCUUUAAAAAAUUUUGUUGCCAGAUUUCUUAUCUUUAUGUGAUCGUAGAAAAAAAGAAAUAAUACGUAGUAAUAAUGUCAUGCGUUGAUGAAGACAUAUCGCCAAUGUUUGUGUUUGAACAUUCACCACUCCAGAAGCUUUACUGGAGGAACUUCUGAUACUGUUUUGAAAAGAGACAUUCCUGGUUUUAAAUCAGGUUCUAGCAAAUUUACAACACAUGCAGAGUCUGAGCAACUUUCCCCCUCCUCUCCAGCAAUCAGCUUAAAUAACAGAACUUCCAUCAUAGUCAAACUCCAACUCCAAUUAGUCGUCGUUGCUACUUUAUUGUUGCAAAUAAUUAUUUCAAAAGUGUGCAAGUUUGCCGAGCCUGACAUGGUGAACAUUACAGAGAGGCCUUUCAGUGGUUGAAAACAUCUUUAAGUUGUAGCACUAAAAUCUGCCAGACUUGUUCUUGCCUACAUAUAAGUCACUGACUUACUCUUUUAAUGCGUAAUGUUACAGUAAUCCAGUAUAAAAUUGUUUGGGCAGGAUCUGUACUGUGACGGAUUACCCAGCUAAGGCAACCUCUAGUCUGCAAAUUGUAUUUUGUAGCACAACAAAAUGAACAGCCUAACUUAAACUGGACAAAUUAAAAAAAAUGUCCACUAUGAAAACAUUUGGUAGCCAUGUGUAGUAAAUGGGUUAAAAUGGUGAAUUUUAGCUGGAAUUUACAGAAAUUAAUCUGGAAUGACUUGCUGAUUGCUGUUACUUUUGUGAAUGACCUGUCCUUGUAUUUGGAUUCAAGAAUCAGGCAGUUUGUUGAGGAAUAUGUGCAGUAUAACUGCACUUUGACAGAUUAGUUUUGUAAUACCAGUUGAAUAGGUAUCUGUACCUGCUUUAACUUUUUAUAUUUUUAGGGCACAUGUAAAUUUUGGUCUUUGUAUCUUUUAUUGUCAUUUUACAAAAUAAUGCCUAAACAAAUUUAUUAUUGUAUAUAUACCUGUGUUUGAUUUGUUUUACCCUUAUGUACACAGUGUCAUGUAAAAAUUUCAGAACCCUCAAGCUUUAACACAAUUAUUUUUAUGACAAAUUGUAAAAAGAA